UUGAACUUCAGUUUUCUGUCGUCUGUUCUGUCACUGAUAAAUGUUUCAGCCAUGGAGAUCAUACAGCAGAGAAACCUUCGUUAUUUGGCCAUUGUCUCUUUUCUCUUGACCUCAACUUCACCUGCUGCAGAUGCUCAGAUCAGAUUAGUUGGGUCUGGGUCUACUCGUUGCUCUGGAAGAGUUGAAAUCUAUUACAACAGUGCCUGGGGAACAGUAUGUGAUGAUGAGUGGGACCUAAAGGACGCUGAGGUAGUGUGCAGACAGUUGCACUGUGGUACGGCACUGAGUGCUCCUCAGUCGGCCCACUUUGGUCAAGGAACCGGCAACAUCUGGCUUGAUGAUGUUGGCUGUUCAGGAACUGAAAGGUCUCUAACUGUGUGUCAGCACAGAGGAUUUGGGACACACAACUGUGCACACCGUGAGGACGCUGGUGUCAUCUGUUCAGCAAUCCUCCCAAAGUCCAGAAUCUCCAUGAAUCCUGUCGGUGACGUUACCUGGGGUCAGAAUGUCGUCUUUACUUGUUCCAUCUCAACUCCCACUCAACAGCUUUCAAGUGCAACAUUUAUUUUGAAAAAGGCUUCAAGUUCAUUCGAAAAGACCCAAAUGUCAAGAACCAACUCUGCUACCUUCAGCAUGACUGAAGUCAACUUUAACAAUGAAGGAUCGUACCAGUGUCAGUACAACACCACGGUUUCAAGACUAAACGUCAUCUCCCCCUUAAGUGACUCUGUCAGACUCUCUGUUACUGUGAGCCUCCCAAAGCCCAGCAUCUCCAUCAGUCCUGUUGGUGAGGUUACCUGGGGUCAGGACGCCGGCAUCACUUGUUUUAUCUCAACUCAGCAUUUAGGGGGAACAUUCAUUCUGCAGCAGACCUCAGGCUCAUUCAGAAAGACCCAAACAUCAAGUACCAACUCUGCUACGUUCAACAUCUUAAAAGUUAACUUUGGAAACGAAGGAUCAUACAAGUGUCUGUAUCAGAUAAAGGUUUCUCGUCGAGACUUCAGCUCCCCCUUAAGUGACUCUGUCAGACUCUCUGUUACUGUGCCGCUGCAGCAGCCCAGCAUCUCCCUGACGUCUCCUAACGGAGGGCUGGUCUGGGGCCCCGAGGGUGCCGAGGUCACCAGGGGUUACAGCUUUGUCUUCACCUGCUCCAUUUCCUCCCAUUAUCCCGGAGGUGUUUUCUCCCUCAUCUCCUCUGGCUCCGGCCUCAACAACACUAAGCCAGCAGUCAACCGCUCGGCCUCCUUUGACUUCCCUGUGGCAGAGUAUGAGCACCUGGGGAGCUACAGCUGUGUGUAUGAAGUCACACUGUCUGCACGGAGAUUCAAUUCCACCAUGACAGCCACGAUUACUGUCAUCAUCAAAAUGUCUCUGUUGCCGCUGGUUUCCUCAGUAGCUGUCGUGGUUCCGCUGCUGCUCCUGCUGGUCUUGGUGGCGGUCUGUCUGGUCUGCAAGAGAAAGAGACGAUCCGAGCAGCCUGUUAACCUUGUCCAAACUCAAUUGGCUGUCAGAUUCAGCAACGAUUAUGAAAAUAACAAGUAUGAGGACGAGGAUGAUGUCUACCAGAACAUUAAUCCAGCGGACACCAAGAAGAAACUCAAAGAGGAAGCUGGGAGAGUGGAAGAAGAGGAGAGUGAUGAUUAUGAGGAGCCAGAGAGUGAUGAUUAUGAGGAGCCAGAGAGUAACGAAGGUCAUGAGGAAGAAGAAGAAACCAGUGACGAUGAAGCCGACUAUGAAAAUGCAUCCGAGCCAUUGGAUGAACUAAUUGUGGACAUUUAUGGAGAACAUGAGGAUAUUUAUCAAAGCUUUUGAGAAAUUGUAGCUUGAUCUCUUCCUAUAGUUUGUAACCAAAUUCUUGUAGGGUUGGCCUAUUUGAACAAAGGAAUUUCCACCAAUAAAACAAAUAUCAUUUUUAGCUAGUCUUGUGGCCCUGUAGCAUCUUGGGGGAAAUUACAUAUAUAUAUAUAUAUAUACAUUACAUUUGUAAUACAAUUUAAGAUUAAUUCCAGUCCCUCCUGCAACGUCUUCCAGCUCUUCCUGGGGGAUCCAGAAGCAUCCUCAGGCUAGACAAGAUACAUAGUCUCUCCAGUGUGUUCUCUGCCUUUCCUCUUAAUACGUUGGACGUGCCCCGAAAACCUCUAAAGGGGGCGUCCAGGAGGCUUCCUGAUCUAAUGCCCAAACCACCUCAGCUGGCCCCUUUAGACGAGAAGGAUCAGCAGCUCUACUCCAAGCUCCCUCUGGAUAGCUGAGCUCCUCAUCCUAUCUAUAAGACUGAGCCUGGCCACCUUAUGAAGGAAGAUAAUUUCGGCCGCCUUUAUCUGCGAUCUCAUCGUUUCCGUCACGACCCAAAGCUCAUGACCAUAGGUGAGGGUCGGAAGGUAGAGGGACGGGUAAAUUUAGAGCUUUGCCCUCCAGCACAGCUCAGCAAUCCACCGUUUCCUGGUAGAGAACCAUGGCCUGAGACUUAAGGUAAUGACUCUCACUUCACACGCGGCUGUAAAAACAGCCACAGUUCGUGCUGGAGGUCACAGUCUGAUAGAGCCAAUUGAACCACAUCAUCUGCAAAGAGCAGGGACGCAAUUCUGAAGUCCCCAAAGUGUACACACUCCUCCCCCUAGAGAUGCCGUCCUUGAAAAUCAUAAACGAUUGGUGUCAAGGGACAACACUGGUGGAAGCCAACACCCUCUGGAUGCAAGUUUUUCUUUCUGCUGAUUAUACGGACACAGAAUUCACUUUGUUUAAACAAGGACUGAAUGGGUUGUACCAACAACCCCAGUACCCCAUAUUCCUGCAGUACACCCCACAGGACUCCAAGGGGGACAUAGUCGUAAGCUUUCUCCAAGUCAACAGAACACAUGUAGACUGGAUGGGAAACUCUCAGGACCCCUCCAACAGACCUGCCAGGGUAAAGAACUGGCCAACAGCCAAAACAGAAUUUGCAUUGCCCCUCCCUGAGCAGUGUGAUAACCACACCCAGGUUCCUGCCGCACCGGCUCACAAUGCACCCAACCCCAAGGCAUAUCCCGGUGGACCCACAGGGUGGCGCCUCCAUGUAGAUUUAAAGGCUGUGCCCGGUUGAGCACCAUGUGUGUGUUAUCCCUCUUCCGGGCAAGGUGCUGUAACAGUUUUCUGGCCAAUUGGUAAAGGGUCAGUGAAUCACUCUUGGUCUGGCCCUUGUCCCGGGACCACUUUGCCUUGGGAGACCCUACAAGGAGCUAUUGCCCCAACAACACAGCUCCCAGGGUCAUUGUGCUACAUAGCUACAUAUUAACCAUGCAGACAUGGUGGUAUCGAUCCUCUCAUAUUACUCUGAAUAAGCGUAUUUCCUAAAACUAUUCCUCUCAGUGGUAUUGACCACACUUAUAUAAAUACAUAGUUUAUAAAUGUUUUACUGUUGUUUGAUAGGCACAUUUUAAAUAUGAGUUUUUUAUCAUGAAUAUAACUUUACUCUUAAAUUGUUAUAUUGUAUUGAAAUAAAUGUCUUAAUGAUUCUUGUAAGUAUUCUUGCUUAUCUUUUUGGACAUAACCCUUCAGCUGGAUGAUCUCAUACAACCAUAAAUAUUGACCAGACUAGGCUGGGUGGUAUAAAAAUAGUCCAGUAAUUUAGAGCUGAGGAAUCGGCAGCCAUCUUGAAUCUCCCUUUCUAUUUACGUCCCUGGCAUCCCUUGGUUCAUUGACACACUUGUUUAUUUCUGCUGUGGUCCUCCUGAUGAUUUAAAGGUUGCUAUCUUUCUUUUUUUCUUUCUGAUUAUGUCUUAAUUCAUCCAACUUCAAUCCAAUUGUGUGUAUCCAAAUCAGCAUGAACACCUAUUCCUGGACGGAACACACGUUAACACCCUUUUUAGAUGCUUGGAGAUUAAGACUAAUACUGUUCACCACAUAUCACAAUAUCAAAAUAAUAGAUGUAAUUUGUGAGAAGUGACAAAACACCACAAUGAUGCAGCUGUUAUAAGCCAAUCACAUGCGAGCCAGUUCACCAAUUGAGCCAAUGGCGUGAAGGCAGUUUUACAGAGCUUACGCCGAGACAGCCACGAAUAGAUAUGACACCCGUUCCUUGUAACGUUAGCACACUUGCUUCACACACAUGCAGACAU